CUUUGGUGUAAAUUGUUGUCGCAACUCGCAAUAAAAUAUUUUAUAAUUUCAAAAUUCAAUUACCCUACCUACACUAAGUAGUCACUAUACAUUUAAAACAAUAAAGUUUCACUCUCACAUAUAUUAUAUGUAUAUUUAAUUAUUCUAUGCCACAAUACCAAGUAAAACAUCAGUCCAUACCUCUCUUGAGAUAAAGGACCUAUGAUUUUGUACUGUAUCAAUGUUUUAAUUCUCUAGAAAAGAUCAAUAAUAUUAUGAGAUUAACUUAAUGAGUAAACAGCAAAAUGAUAAAAACUACACUAGGCGUCCUUGUGUUUAUAGUUCUCGUUAACAUAAAAGUGACUUAUUCAUUAUAUAGUAAAUCUUGGGGUGAAAAGUACGAAAGUAAUAAAUGCCCGAAGCUAUAUCCAAAAAAUUUUGAUAAUUUUAUGCCAGCUGGAAACUUUACGGCUGGAAAUUACACAGAAAAACCAGAGUUAAAAGGAUUAAAACAAUGUGUAAUGUCUUGCUGCAUUGAAGAAACCUGCAAUAUAGUGUUUAUUGUUGACACAAGGUGCUAUCAUGUGGAGUGUGUAACUGAUGAAUUGUGUCUUCCAUUACCAAGAAGUGGUAGGAAAUGGGAUGGCCAUGUAUCCAUGAUUCUUGUCAAGCCUGUCCUACCUGAGGUGGAAAAUUGGCUGGAUAUACUAAGUCAAUCAAGUGUUAGAGAUGAAAUGAAUAGCUUUCCCCAAGAGGAGGAACCAGUAUAUGCAUACUCAAAUAGAAAUGAGCUAGCAAAUAGUGAUGAAUCCGACUUUUUGACACAUUUUAUUAAGAACUUACCAAAUAUUGAAGAAACACCAGGGUUUGAUAAAUACUCAGAUAGUAAUAACAAUGAAAUGAUGUUAGCCUCGAGGUUCCUUGAGAAGGUUGCAUGUGAAGUUGGAGCAGAUGACUGCCCGUAUAAUUCCGAGUGUAUACCAUUGGGGUUAAAGAUGCACAGUGGUAUUUGUAAAUGCACACCAGGCAUGGAGAUGAAUAAUCAAGGAUCUUGUGUACCAAUUAGAAGAGUAUUUUCAAAAGGUCCCAGAGACGAAAGUGAAUCUUUAAAGACAAAUGAAGAAGUAAUAGGGGACAUGACCAAUGAAGACGUGAAAGAACCAAAACCAGUUCAGAAAUUAACGGUUUCCAUUUCUUCAAAGACGGUACAACUUCCUGAAAAUGAAGUGACACUGGCUGCAUAUACUAUUCCGGAUGAGAACUCUACUAAUUCUCAUUAUAAUUAUGUUUGGAUACUUGUUAAUCAGCCUAAAGAUAAAUUCACAGGUAACAUGAAACAAAAUGGAGGUACAGUAACAUUGACGGACCUAACAGAGGGCCAGUAUAGUUUCAAAGUGACAGUUAACGGCACCAACUCUUACGGAGAAGGCUUCGCUAAUGUAACAGUGCUGCCACCUCAUCGUAUAAAUAAGCCUCCAGUAGUAUUUAUAACGCCCCAGUCUCAAGUAGUCAAGUUGCCAAUAUCCCGGGCUGUUUUGGACGGCAGUGCCAGUAAGGACGAUGAUGGAAUUAUAUCCUGGCAUUGGGAGUUAGUGGCCGGUCCAAUUGGCUAUCAGCCGACUCUGGAGGAUCGCCCCACGUUGGUAUUGAAUGAUUUGAAACAACCGGGCCACUAUACCUUCAAACUAACAGUCGAAGAUACAGACCACGUGAAAAACUCAACCGUUGCCAACGUAACUGUCUCGAAUCAUAUCGAUUACCCACCUGAAGCUAACGCAGGGCAGGACGUUAUAAUAUAUUUGCCAAACAACAAUUUGACUCUCAAUGGCAGCUUGUCGACCGACGAUCAUGAAAUAACUUCCUGGGAAUGGACUAAGUCCGCCGCGGACGCAGACAAAGCUGUUGACAUGCAAAACACACACUCGCCAUAUUUACAGCUCUCAAAUCUAUCUGAAGGCGUAUAUACUUUUGUAUUGAAAGUAACAGACUCAUCCGGACAAACUUCCACUGCCGAGGUACACGUGUUUGUUAAACCUCCGACAAACACGCCACCUAUCGCUGACGCUGGAACCGACGCAUUCAUAUCACUGCCUCAAACAUGGAUAGUUCUAAACGGGACGGGCUCCCAUGACGACAAUAAAAUAGUAUCUUUCACUUGGCGCUGUCUCUCCGGCCCGAAUAACGCAACUAUCGUAAAUUUUAACGAGUCUGUGGCGAACGCGACUGGACUGACUAAGGGAGUGUAUGUGUUCUCGCUGACUGUGAUCGAUGACAACGCGAAUGUUGCCACAGAGAAUGUAACCAUCACUGUGACACAGAAUAAGAACAGUCCCCCAAAAGCUGAUGCAGGAGGAGAUCAGGUACUGAACCUACCACUGGCUAUAUUGGUGCUAAAUGGAUCCAAGUCUCACGAUGACUUCCGUAUAGUCUCGUGGAAAUGGACCCGGCUGGCUUCUGGCUUGGCAGCGGGCUCUGUUAUACUGGACUCCGAUAAAGGGCCUGUGUUGAUGUUGACUAACAUUGAAGCUGGUCGUUACGUAUUUGAGCUGACAGUAAUGGAUGAUCAAGGUGAAUCCGACAGAGACACUGUCAGCGUGCAAGUGAAGCCCGACCCGCUUGAAGCGAACCUUCUAGAGAUGACAAUAAACACGCCGAUAUCGGCUUUCACGAAGAACCAACUCGACUCUAUGGUCCAGAAGAUGACGCUACUCCUGAAGGACGACGUGCUCGUCAACGUGACAGAGAUACGCGGUGAAGUGGACUCUGGCAACACUAUUAUUAUUUUCUUUUUGUCUGAGAAAGGUGUGCCAAUGGAGGGUUUGAAGGCGCUGAGUGUGGGGCGACCGGCUGCUAUGACCGCAGGCGUGGCCCGUGUCCGCUCCGUGCGGUGUCUGAGCACGUGCUCGGGACGGGGCGUAUGCGAUCAAGCGACGCGCACGUGUCGCUGUGACGCCUUCUGGAUGCAGAGCCUCUUCACACAGUUCCAACGCGAUGCGAUGCCCGACUGCGAUUGGUCGGUGGUGUACGCCGGGGUGGGUGUAGUUGUCAUCUUGUUGGUAUGGUGGGGUUGUUGGAGACUGGCUCGAGCGCUGUGUUCGCGCCGCAAGCCCCGCACCAAGACUAACUACAGGCUACUGCCGUUGGCUGAACACGACGACAAACCUUUUGUUAACAAGGACGUGUCGGAGACGGACACCGACUCGGACGUGUUAUAUGAGACGAAGAGCAAGAUCACGUCGUUCUCGUCGCGGCCGGUGAACGGUGACGCUCAGGCCAACGGCUGGAAGAGGAACGGCACCGCGAAGGUGUCGAGGAAAAUCAAAACAUAGCUCCGUCGCGUCGUGGCUUACGUCCACGUGAAACUGAUGCAUGCGUGCGACAGACCGACACGCAGGCAGUACGUGAAUACGGUGUCCGCGCAACGCAGAUACGAAAUAUAGGUAAAACAGCAUUGGACAGAGUGCUAGAAAUAUGUUUAGUAUACUAAUAUCAAACGUUCGCUGCCCGCGGUGCGUCAUAACUCCAUCGUCCGUCACGCGUUUGUCCUUAGAACACAGGUGUUUAUUAUUAUAUUUUAUAUAAAUAAAAAAAGUAUCUGAACGAGUAUAACAGCUAUUAUUGGCACAUGCACUCUUCUAUCCGUCUCAGGGUGAUGAGCCAGACAGACAGUCAGUGUGUCAGUGUUGUCAGUCGGCAACUUAAAUAUAGAUAAAUUAAUCUAUGGAUUUUAUCUUAAUUUUGUCUUUAUAUUGUUUUUUUUUUAAUUGUAAACAUUAGCAUUAAUGCGGCAUUAACGUAAAAGUAUAGCCUAUUAUGAAUUAGUUUACAUAAUUUGAAUUUUUUCAAUAAUUAUUGAAUAAAAACCCAAUAAUUAUUCAAAAUAGAUUGUCCCUAAACCGGUACAAUCUAUUUUAUUGACUUAAUUAUAUAUCAUAAAAAGACACAGCCUACGAUAUAUUUAUUUUACUGAAUAGCAUAAAUAAACUGACUAACAUAUUGAUUUUUAUAUAUCGACGGCAUAAUUGUAAGCCAUGAUAAGAUAAUUUUUCAAUUGGUUAACAUGAUAAGCGCAUGCUACAUAUUUAGAUUAAAAAAAGAACAAUGAUUUGACAUUGACGUGAGUAUUCCAAUAUAGUUUUUAUAAUAUAGGUCGACAGCUGGAUAUGGACAAUUCACUGAUAACGCAGAGCCAUCGCGGAUUUUGCUCGCAUUUAAUACGAGACUAUGCCAAAUGUAUAAAAAACUUAGUAACCGCUAGAAGCAUUGGAUAAUAAUUACCUACGGCUAAGGAUAAAUAAAAAACCGUGUGGUGUCGUGGGACACCGGAUAGGAAUGAAGUUCUUUAUUAUAAAAAUAUUAAUUUUACUGAUUUACUAAAAAAAAUGGGCAGUUUACACUGAAUUCCACUGUCUAAAAUAAAAAAAAAGUAUGCACGCUAGAAGUUAUACUUAUGUGGCGUAACAAAACAAAUCCUUAAAAUUAUUUAUUCGUCGUGCUAUUAUACGUUUGUAGAAAGAACCAUAUUGUAAAAAUCGUGAAAUAAAUUAUUGAAUAUUAACGAAUGCGGCUGUAUUGGCUUGAACCCUUUGCCUGUCCUAAUAAUGGACGAAAAAAAAAAAUAAUAAUUAAUGUCGCAAACGUCAGAAAAUGUCUGAAAACUUAUUUUUAGAUGUCGUUGACCGUUGUGCGCGCGUAAUUUAUAAUAGUCAAAGAAGUUUAUCUACAAUUACAUCAAAAAGGUACUGUAAAUUUGCUUUUAUGUCGGUGUAAUUUUGCAGUUAUAAACCUAUUUAAAUAUUCGUCUAUUGAAUUUUGGUUUGAUAUGACCUUCUCACCAAUGCUCUAAAUAAAUAAAAUAAACAAUGUAAUUCGUCAGAAAUAUGUCAAAUGUCAUUAAUUGUUACUUGUCCGUUAUUUAUAUAAAUUAAUAAUAAUCAGCAAGAUAUUAUCGCGUAGCAACGCUUCGACGUACAUGAAGUGAGUUAGAUUCCGGAUGUUUUUUCCCGGUUAGGGUACCCCUCCGCAUCGUCCCAUAAGGAACUUCGUUCCAUAAAAGCCCAGACAUUUUAAGGACACAAUUCUAACUGUAAAAUAAUUCAGAAAAGCGUCGUGAUACUAGUAGAGAUCGUAUGAUCAGUUUAGAUCUUAUUUUAAGCUGGCUACUACUGCCGCGAUUAUUUACGAAAUGGUGUGAUCCAGCAUUGAAUACGCAGCGCCUGCUUACGUCAGUUGGUUGAAUUGUUUGCAUUGCGUAUUCCUAAUAUGACAAUAUUAGGAAUUGCUGUGUUAUUGGGUUAACGGUAGGUAGGUUCAAGCAGGCAAUGCUUCUGUGAUUUAUUGAUUUUUAAUAAUUAAGUGGCGGUUAUGUAGGUACCUAUCAUCAGGUCAUAGGACCGCUAGGUACUCUAACAAAAAAAUUACGUAAAAGACAUCGUUUUACAAAAUUAUGGCACGUUAAGGUAGUGUAAGGUAUAUUCCAAAUAUUUUUAUAUGACUACGAUAAGUGUUACACGUGUAGCGUAAAUAGUGAUUAGUAGUAUAUAUUGCAUUAUUACUAUCUGUUUAUCAUGUUAUGCUUGUACUAUAUUAAUAUAUUAUUGAGAUUUAUAGAAGUAUUAUGUAGAGCCUGUUGUAAUCGGAGAUGCGGUGAGUGCCUAUUUGAUAUAGAUAGAAUAACUGAAGGUCGUAUGUUGAGCGGUCGGCGAAACAAAAUACGCAGCUGUGUCAUCGUGAACUUUAAACUUUGCGUUACGAGUCAAAUGCUUAUUGUUAACGUUGGCUACUUUUGCGCGUUCCAAGUUACGGUAAAAUUCAGCCGGGAUCAUUCCAGAAACUAUGGCAGCAAUCGCACGAAUGGCAGAUAUUUAUAAUUUUGCAUCCAAUGGUCUUGCUAUUACUCAAAAAAGGCAGAGCAGUAGGUAAUAUACAGCACUAUGUGUUAUAUAACUACACGAAUACGAAAUUAAUCAUUUGUUUAAAAUAUUCUGAUUCACGUUAAAACAUGUGAACGUUAAUACAAAGACGUUGAUACACUGUGAGGAAAACUGUAGUUAGAUAAUUAGUGUGCUUUAGUGGCUUAUUUAUAAAAUAACUAGAUGCCCGCUAGAUAUAGCAUAAAUGUGUAAGUAAUAUUGUACAAUAUUUAAUGUUACGGUAUUAUAAGUCUUGUUUCAAAUAGUGCUCAUCGCAAAUUUAUAUUAGUAAAUAUCAAUGCUCGAAAUCCCAGACGAUCAAGGCCAACAGCAUUGUAAACAAUAUUUACUGAUUAUACUUAGCAAUGGUAUCUUGGACGAUUUCAAAUCAAAGCCGGUUAUUUAACGCACAAAAUACAACGUCUAACACAUUAUUCCGUACCUAACUGAAUUUUAAUAUAAUCUACGUCUAUUGACGUAGAUUAUAUUAAAAUUUCACACAUUCUAUUGAUUAGGUGUAAAAACUGCUGUAUUGUAAUACGACAAUUUGAUAUUGCUGAAUAGUUAGUAAUAUGUACUUUGGCUUUUCGUGUGUUCGGUCGUAGUCCAGUGACGGGGAAUAAGUUAUGCCACUGGGAAUUAAUGAGUGCUAGUUUGUACAAUAGGCAGCACGGAUGUUACAAACCAACAUAAGUAAGCUAACUUACUUGCAGCGGCAUAUUUUUCUUUUUUAUAUAUUUAGAUGCGGAUUUUAGUUAGAAAAUGGCGCGCUGUCUACCGCGUACAUUGUAAACAAUGAAAUUUUGUCAUAAUCAUACAAUAUGGUAGCUAAUGCCAUAAAACUAUUAAAAAAGUUUUCACUGUGUUAGUACAGUCCACUAGUUUGGAAAUGAUUACAGAACGAUCUGGUAGGAACGAAUAGUUUUCUUAUGAGGGAUAUAUUUUGUAUUGCAUACCUAAUCUACGAAAUGGGAGUAUUAUAUUAAUAUAAAAAUUACCUAAUAAGAAUCAUAUAGUACAUACACGAGUUUAUUGUUAUGAUUCACGUUGUGAAUAUAAAAGAAGUACUUAUAUAUGUAAUUAAAAUAAUUUUACUGUACAAAACCUUCCGUGACGAAGGUUCUGCGUGGGAAUAAAACACCCAAUAUUUACCUACAGGUUGUAUAGUAUUUGAGAUAGGAAUAAUAGUUACCUGUGUGGAAUAGUAAAGACAGUACAAUUUAAAUAGCAACUAUAAGCCCUGGUAAAGUUCAAACAACUAUUGGGCUCACACUGACAAAUUAGGAUAAUAUAUUUUAUAAUGUUUUUACAUUUCCUUGUAAGAACAGAAGCCUGUUUUAUUUGCUUGUUUUCCCAAGGAUUCCUUCUUAUUUUCUGACCAAAUUAUUAAUUUUAUUAGAAGUUGUACUUAUUUUCUAUAAACAAAAAUUUAAUUAUAUGCACUGCCAGUGGAGCCUUUUUGACAUCUGUCAACCAUUUUACAAGCUUUUUAAAUGAAUGUUGACAGAAAGUCAACUUAUUGGCAUUCUAAAUUAAGUAUUCUAGUCGAUAUAUUGUUUAAUUAUGCAAUGUGAAGAUGCUAUUGAAAAUAAUAUUAAUUUGUAAAUAAAUACCUGUAUAUAUAUAAUAA